AUGAAGACCCCCAUCGUCGCCGCCCUCCUCACCGGCCUCGCGGUCGCUGGCGUCGCUACCGCCAUGCCCGCAGCCCCCGUCUCUGCGCCAGAGUACUCCAACCGCAUCAUCUUUAUCCGUCACGCCGAGAAGGGCUUUACCGCCGUCCAGCCCGACUCCGGAGAGUCCUGGGGUCCUCCCCACGGCGACGAGCCGCCCAAGGACGGCCCGCGCCCACCGCGUCGGGGUGGCUGGCCGUUCCCCGGUGGGCCCGGCGGUGGUGGUAGGCGCGGCCCACCCAACGGCCUCAGCGUGAAGGGCAAGGAGCGCGCGCAGUAUCUUCGCACGCUCUUCGGCGAGGACUCGGACUACGACUUUGGGCUCAUCUUCGCGACCCCGCGCGACCCCGAGAACAAGGCUGACGAGCGCACGUACGCGACCGUCGCACCGCUUGCGGAGGACCUGGGCCUGGAGAUUGAGAUUGGCUGCGCCGACUCGCCUUCCUGUGUCUCCCAAAAAGUGUCCGAGUUUGUCGAGACUUCCGACGCCGACAUCCUCAUCUCCUGGAAGCACCGCGACCUGAAUGUCAUCGCGACCACACUCGGCGCGCCCAACGCCAAGAUUCACUACCCGGACGAGAGGAACGAUGUCAUCUGGAUCAUGCAGGGCGGCAGGAUUGUCGAGAAGCGCUCGAUGCACAUGCCUGGUCUGGACGACGGACGCGUCGACGAGGGCGACCCCGACCUCGUAGUCGAGGAUGAGACCACGUCCCAGGGGCUCUUUGGGUUCCUGUACAGUGCGUGGUCGUCGCUCAUCUUCUAA